AUGCAUAAUUUCUAUUUUCUCUUCGAUUUUUGGCUAUUAUUAGGAACAAUAUUUGCAUAUUGUCCUGAGAAUUCGGAUUACAUCGACGGCUUGAAUGCCUGUCUACUCUACAGUGACAGUGAAAUAACUUUCCAAGGCGCUGAAGAGAUCUGCAAGGUUUAUGGGGGUCAUUUGGUCUCAUUGUCGAAUGCUUUCGAGAAUAAUAUUGUCGCGAGUUAUGGAAUGAAAGACUUGAAAGCUGGUCAGGCUUAUAUCGGACUUUCUCGGCAAUCUGCGGGCGCUCAAUGGGCUUGGACUGACACAAUGUCUGUCGGAUAUUAUAAAUGGGCAUCGGGUCAACCGGCUCAACAGAACUGCGUCAUAUUGGAUGUAACCGAGAUGGCGUGGCGGACCGUUGAUUGCACGCUGAAGGCGGCUUACAUUUGCAAAUUUGAUCAAUUGAUCCCAACUUCACCGGGCCCAUCGACAACAAGAGCAACGACCCUUUGCCCAGACGGGUGGAAAUUCUGGAACAAAACUGGGAUGUGUUACGGAGCGGGACAAGAAAUGACAUUCGAUGACGCUGAAGCAUAUUGUAUUACGUUUGGAGGACAUUUGGCAUCAGUGCACAGUGAUGAGGAGAACGAUUUCAUCAAAAGUCUCACCUACAACACAUCUUGUGAUCGAAACGAUGCUAACUGGUUUUUCGGCACCACGAUUCUCGGUGGUCAGAUUUACGAUCGAACAAAUUUAACGGAUUAUUGGACGGAUGGAUCUCCAACGAAUUACACGAGAACCCUUUGCAAUGUGGGGAGUGGGCCGGAUGGGAACACGAUAUUGAUGGGUGCUUAUCCAACAACGUGCUGGGAUUGUGCGGAGGGAAAUUGGGGAACGAGUCCAUUCGAGCGGAGUGAGGUUGUUUAUCCGAAUUUUGUUUGCAAGACGGCUCCAAAUCCCUUAUUUCGU